CACAUCCAUUAAACAUACCAAGGACCUCAAAUGGAAAAUUCAGUGUUCCACACUCUCUCUACCUACAUUGGACGUCUUAAAUCGUAACUUUCCCCUUUUAAUCAAAGAUCCAAUGACUUAGUAGGCAUAUUUUGAUCGCAUUUUAAAUCCAUGAAAAUUAUUUUGAAAUUUUUGUUGCCAUAUAUGCAUUCUUGCAGCCUCCAAAUUAAAUUAGAUAUAUGGAAAGUUCGUAAUAAUAUUUGGAAAACUAUUAGAUCAGACUGGGGCCUUACAAAAAAACAUUUUAUUAAAUACCGAGAGACUUUUCUUACCGAGUUGAGAACACUAGCAGCUGUCAGACGUACUGAUCCUCCUAUACCGAAUGAUCGUGAGCGUGGAUAUAUUAAUCCUUUUAAUGAUUUUAGAAAUUUCAAAUUAGAUAAAGAUUUUCUAUUUAUUUUAUUUUCAUCUUCUAAUUUUUUACAUAGCGAUACACAUGUAUAUAGUCUUUGUUGUUCAUUUUUUUUAUCAUAUUGUAACGCUCCUAUGUUGGUCGUAGCACAGGAGUCUUCUGGUUACCAAGAAGUUCGGGGACUCCAACUCCAAGACUGUUUCAUGAAUCGCAGGGCUCUGGCUCCAAAAUUAUUAUGGUAG